AUGCCCCGAGCCCAUCAACUGCUCCAUUUCCCAGCAGAAAAUUCCGUCUAUUCUUGUCCCUUCAAUAUUGUCCAGUCACACACACGAAUGAUUGAGUCCAUAGUAUUACUAUCAUCACUGGCACUAGGUGCUACUGCUUAUUAUUCGUGUCCAGGUGGGAUGAGCGGAAUGCUCGGAAUGGGUGGCGGUGCUGGAUACUACGGAAGACCAUGCGGUCAAGAGUCGAUCUUUCAUCACUAUCGUUGUUGUGAUUACAAUCAAUACGAGUGUUGCAUCGAGUUAGAAACAUGGUUUAUCAUAUUUUUGAUAAUCUUCGGCAUCGGUCUUCUCAUUUGCUGUUGUCUCUGCAUUGGAGGCGCCAUUUUCGGCUUUCAACGAGCCAACAAU